UCUGAUCCUUUACCAUUCUUUCUGAUUUCUAGCUUCUUUUUUUCUUUUCUUGCAUCCAUGGCUGAAAUAUCUUCUGGAAACUCAUCUCAAUCUCAACCAAUAUCUACAUCUGAUCCUACACAAAAUCCAGGAGUGUAUAUUACCUCCAUCCUUCAGAUCAUGCAAGCACCAAACUAGUUUCGAACCUCUUUGACGGUUCUGGUUAUGGAGAUUGGAAACGUUCAGUCAUCAUUGGCUUAACAGCUAAAAACAAAAUGAUUUUCGUUGAUAAUACUCUUCCUAAACCUACAAAUAAUGCAGUUCGACAAAAGGCAUGGGAACGUUGCAACAAUAUGGUCAUAGGUUGGUUAAUUGCAUCUCUUGACCAAAAUCUUGCUAAAAGCAUUAUGUAAUACUGCACAGCAAGUGAAAUCUGGAAAGAUUUGGAAGAUCGUUUUGGUCAAUCUUAUUCUCAACUGUCUGCUUUACAGGAAGAAUUAGCUACUCUAAAUCAAGCAAAUGGAAUGAUCAUUGCUGAAUAUUUCACUAAGGCCAAGUCUAUGGGAUGAGAGAUAAUUUUAGUCCUAUUCCUACUUGCACUUGUGAUGGUUGUUCAUGCAAUUUAACUAAACAAAUGCUUAGGUUGCAAAAAAAUCAUAGAAUCAUGCAGUUUCUUAUGAAACUUGAUCCUAAAUACAACCAAGUGCUUACUAACAUAUUAAUGAUGAAUGAAUUACCUAAUGCUUCUAUCAUAUAUCGCCUCCUACAACAAGAAGAGAGACACAAAGAGGUUAGCAAACUCGCAACUACUUCUACUGAUUCAAUGGUAUUUGCUGUUGAUAGAAGGAAGCAUUAUCACAAUAGUCAUGAACACAGCACUCAAGAGAGACUCAUGUCUGGCACAAAACGUAAUGCACAUUAUUUUUGUGAUCAUUGCAAGAUCCCUGGCCACUCCAUUGAAAGGUGUUUCAAAAUUCAUGGCUAUCCCUCUAAUUCAAGGCGUAAUUUCAACACGAAAGUUGCUGCAAUUACUCAGAGUGACACUCAUGACUCAUCCAUUGAUCUUAAAGAAACUGGUCUUUCUAGAGAGCAAUUUACUCAUCUUCUUAUCAUUAUUAGCAAGAAAGAUACUGAGAAACCUCCUGAUGCAGAUCAUUCCAUCACCACCACUGGUAAAAUAGCAGGUAUAUCUUGCUUCGUUUCUCAAUCUUUUCCUUCACAUUGGAUUAUUGACACCGGUGCAACGGACCAUAUGUGUAAUACUUUCAUUUCUCUCAUCUACAUUACAGAUAUUUCUCACACUAAUCACUCUUCUUGAUGGAAGUCUUCUUACUGUUGUCAAGCAAGGACUAUAUAACGAGGAAAAAUUUACCUCUUGGUAAAUACUCCAAAGGUCUCUAUUAUCUUCUGGACAAAAGCAAUUCUACUACUCCAUGUGUAGUCAAUAUCAGUACUCUAAAUAAGACUAAACUAGCCUGUACACAAUUUAUGUUGCAACAAGCUAAGCUAUUACAUCUAAGGCUAGGCCAUGCUCUAUUUGAGAAGCUCAAAAUGAUGUAUCCAGAUAUUCACAUUAAUGCAAUUAAGAAUUCAUUUUUUUGCUCUAUUUGUCCUUAUGCUAGACAAUCUAGACUAGCUUUCAAACCUAGCUCAUUUAAUGCUACAUUUGCUUUUGAGUUGUUGCACAUCCAUACUCAGGGUCC